AUGGCUCCAAUACAAACGACAAAUUAUUAUUUAUUUAACGAGAGUAGCGAUUGUUUAUACGAUGAAGAUUGCAUAACGAGAAAUUCAUAUUGUAAAGGUAAUAAAAUAUGUGCGUGUAAAAUCGGUUAUCAAUACGAUUUAGGAAGUGAUAUAUGUUUUCCAAAAGAUUACGAUUGUUCAGCAUUAAACAAUGCCAAAUGCAUAUCUGGCUUUUGUAAGUGUAAAAAUGAUUAUGUUUCAUCUAAUGAUAAAACAAUGUGUUUACCAUCAAUGAAAUUAACGACAUAUUGUCAAGAAGAUGGACAAUGCAAUUCAGUCAUGAAUAAAACCUAUUGUGAUCCGAUAAUAAGACAAUGCGUUUGCGAAAGAGGUUUCAAAAGGGAUUCAUAUAAGCUACAAUGCAUACAAAAUACGAGAUUACAUUCACCGUGUUUUAGUGUGGAUGAUUGUGAAUACGAUACGGAAACGAAAGGAAAAUACGAUUGUAAAUUUGUAUCACGUUUACUUAGCACAUGCGAAUGUAGAGAAGGAUUUUAUGAAAUUAAUGAUGAUUGUCAUGAUUCAUCAGGUGACCGUUAA